GGCGGGCCUUGCACUAUGAGUGGCACUGCUGUGUUUCCGCUGCCUUCUUUUUUCCCUUGCGUAAGUGGGGCGGGCAGGAGGGAGGUGGUCGAGUCGAUUCGAAAGUGUUCGGGUCGCCCGGCCUUGGGCCUCGCAUUGGCCAUUGGUGCUGCGGGGGCGGGCUGUGUCCUCCCGUCCUGCGUCGUGAUUGGUGCCCCGCCUGGCCCCCGCCCCCCCGGUCCGGCGAUCCCUAUAGGCAGUGGCUCCAGAGGCGGGGCGCGCCGCCCGCUGGCCGCCUCUCCAUUGGUGGGGUCCGGCUCGGCCUCGCCCCCACCCCACCCCCAAGGACGGGAGCAGGUCACUUCCUCCAGGGAGCAAUGGCGGAACCCGAGGGACGGGGCGAGGCCGGCGCUCCGUGCUGCUGGUACUGGCGAGGGUGCAGUCGGGCCUCCCGCCCGGGCCCUGGGGGCCCGCGGGAGCGGCCGCGCGGAGCGGCGGUGUCAGAUCCUGAAGGAACUGGAUGAGUACUACGAGAAGUUCAAGCGGGAGGCAGACGGCACCCAGAAGCGGAGAGCGCUGCACUGCAUCCAGCGGGCGCUGAUCCGCAGCCAGGAGCUGGGCGACGAGAAGAUCCAGCUCGUGAGCCAGAUGGUGGAGCUGGUGGAGAACCGGGCCCGGCAGGUGGACAGCCACGUGGAGCUGCUCGAGGCCCACCAGGAGGCCGCCGACGCCACGGGCCACAGCAAAGCCGGCCAGGACAAGGCCAAAAACGAGGCGAUCGCCCAGGCGGAGAAGCCCAACAACAAGAGGUCCCGGCGACAGCGCAACAACGAGAACCGGGAGAACGCCGCAAACAACCACGACCACGAUGACGUCACUUCCGGGACGCCCAAGGAGAAGAAGGCCAAGGCCUCCAAGAAGAAGAAGCGCUCCAAGGCCAAGGCGGAGAGGGAGGCUUCCCCCGCGGACCUGCCCAUAGACCCGAACGAGCCCACGUACUGUCUGUGCAACCAGGUCUCCUACGGGGAGAUGAUUGGCUGCGACAACGACGAGUGCCCCAUCGAGUGGUUCCACUUCUCCUGCGUGGGGCUGAGCCACAAGCCCAAGGGCAAGUGGUACUGCCCCAAGUGCCGGGGCGAGAGCGAGAAGACCAUGGACAAGGCCCUGGAGAAGUCCAAACGGGAGCGGGCCUACAACAGGUAGUGGCGGGCCUGCUGGACCCAGGCGGCCGCAAGCCGCGUAUUUAUUGCGUCGCCACCGGGCGGGCGGGCGCGCGCAGGGAUGCACCUGUAGACGGAGGAGGACAGUCCUCGGUGGGGCGCCGGGCGUCUCUGCUCUCCCGGCGGUGCACGCGUGUAACAGGAACGUGGUCUGUGGACCAGCGUUUGAGAAACUGAAAAUAUAGGUUUGAAUGAAACACCCAA